GAUAUUGAGAAAAAAAGGAAAAGAACCAGGGCGGAUGAAGUUCCAGAAGGAGAAAAGAAAGGUGUCAUCAUUUGUCGUUAUUGUCCUCAAUCUUUUACACGAAGAAAUUGUUAUCAAAAUCAUUUAACAAACCAUAAAAAUAUAUCUGUAAGAGAACGAACAUCUCUAUCUAGUAUCUUUUAUAGCAACGCUAAUGAAGCUGAUAGAAAUCAUAGAACUAGUAAAACUAGUAAUUAUAAAAAUGAAACUAGUGAAAUUAAUCUUGAACAUGUUCAACAAGACUAG